AUGCUCCCAUUUAACCUAUUCGUCUUUUCCACUUCCCGUACUUUCUCACCAGCGUGCGCACACCAACUGAAAAUUUCCAGAUUUCAUCCAUUUACGCUGCCUACUGUUCACGCCAUGUUCGCCUUGCGAAGCUUGAAUCGCUUUUCCGGAGCCAUAAGGAGCAGUCUGGUGCUUCUACAUGCCGCCAAAUCCAUAAGUAGUGGGUCCAGCCUACAAAACCUCAGGUUUAAUACCACAUCCACAAACUCCCCAGUGUUCUCCGUCGAGAAUCGAGACACUGGAAAGCAUAUUUGGGCCCGGAAAACCUUCUUGGUCGACUAUUACAAGUACUUGAACGACAACAAUGAAAUUGUGUUAUACGUGCAUCAUAAUAACUUGGUUAGAGCCGACAACAAGCGGUUUCGAUCCGAAUUGAAGAAGGCUGGUGCCCAACUCACCAUCAUCCGUAACAGUAUCUACAGUGUAUAUUUGAGAUCAGAGCAUGAAGAAGACCCAGCAGACAGGGAGACUUCCAAGAAAAACAAGGACGUGGUGCACCCGUUGACGCCGUUGCUCAAUGGUCCUACUGGUAUUAUAACCAUUUCGCAAUGUGAUCCGCUGGUGGUGUCGCAGACACUCAAGAUUCUCAAGUCUGCUCAAGAAAAACUCAUUUUGAUAGGAGCAAAGAUCGAAAGUAAGGUGUUUGAUAUCGACCAAGUCAACCAAUUCAAGGAUUUGCCCAAUAAAGACCAAUUACAGGGCCAGCUUGCUGGUUUAUUGACCAUCCUUGGAGGUGCUGGUUUGGUAAGAACUUUGGAGUCUCCGGGUACUGCCCUCUACUUGACAUUGGAUCAACGUAAACAGGAUAUGGAUCCAGAGUCGAAUGAUAGCUUGUAA